AUGGAUCCGUGGGCGGCGCGGGACGGGGACGGGGACGGGGACGGGGACGGGGACGUCGUCGACGCGUCGAAGAAAUCCCCAGCCCCGGCUCCGUUCGACGUCGUCGUCGCCGCCGACGUGGUGUACGACUUCGACGUCGUCGCGCCGUUGCUGCGCGCCGCGCGUAAGCUCCUCGGCGGCGACCUCGCUCAAAACAAUAGUAAUAAACGCGCGAGAGACGGGCGUUUCAUCAUGGCGCACACGGAGCGCCGGCCGCCGCUGCCCCGCCCGGAGAACACGGGCGAGACGCCGCCGCUGUCGCCGGAUCCGCACCUGGCGGCGUUUCUGUCGAAAGCGGGCCCGCACGGGUUUGCCGUCCGCGACGUUGCGUUCGACAAAAAGGACGGCGAGGAGCUCGUCCGCGUGUUCGAGCUUCGACUGGUUUGA